UUCAGCGCCUCGCUCUCAGUGAGCCGGCAGCCUCGUCCCUCCUGCUUCCCAUCCCGCUGCCCGCUUGCUUGCCUGCCUGCCUUCGAGGGCCUUGUCUUCUUUCUCCUCCUCCUUGUCUGCACGCCCAGCUCCAGCCAUGACUGACCAGCUCAUCUCCUUCAUGAAGGACUUCCUGGCCGGAGGCGUCGCGGCGGCCAUCUCCAAGACGGCGGUGGCUCCCAUCGAGAGGAUCAAGCUCCUGCUCCAGGUCCAGCACGCCAGCAUGCAGAUCACGGCGGAGAAGCAGUACAAGGGCAUCAUGGACUGCGUGGUGCGGAUCCCCAAGGAGCAGGGCUUCCUCUCCUUCUGGCGCGGCAACCUGGCCAACGUCAUCCGGUACUUCCCCACCCAGGCCCUCAACUUUGCCUUCAAGGACAAAUACAAGCAGAUCUUCCUGGGCGGCGUGGACAAGCGGACCCAGUUCUGGCGCUACUUCGCCGGCAACCUGGCCUCCGGGGGGGCCGCCGGGGCCACCUCGCUCUGCUUCGUCUACCCGCUCGACUUCGCCCGGACGCGCCUGGCGGCCGACGUGGGCAAGGCCGGGAUGGAGCGGGAGUUCAAGGGCCUGGGCGACUGCCUGGUCAAGAUCUUCCGGUCGGACGGCCUGCGCGGCCUCUACCAGGGCUUCAACGUCUCCGUCCAGGGCAUCAUCAUCUACAGAGCGGCCUACUUCGGCAUCUACGAUACCGCCAAAGGAAUGCUUCCCGACCCAAAGAACACCCACAUUUUGAUCAGCUGGAUGAUUGCGCAGACCGUGACGGCCGUCGCGGGUCUGACCUCUUACCCCUUUGAUACGGUGCGGCGGCGCAUGAUGAUGCAGUCGGGGCGCAAAGGUGCCGACAUCAUGUACUCGGGCACCAUCGACUGCUGGCGGAAGAUCGCCCGGGACGAGGGCGGCAAGGCCUUCUUCAAGGGCGCCUGGUCCAACGUGCUGCGCGGCAUGGGCGGCGCCUUCGUCCUGGUCUUGUACGACGAGAUCAAGAAGUACACAUAAGCGCCCAGCCGUGCCCGUGUCCCUGCUCUCUUGGACUGCGUCAAAACUAUUUAUCAGUUUCCGCUGGUUGGCCGAGGGACCACCGUUGUUCCGCUUGCCCCCCACCCGCCUCUCGAGUCAUUCCCUGGCCAUGCGAUGGGACUCAAACUUCAUUUUUACUCAGUCACUCCCUGGCAAAAUAAGUUUGAGAGAAAUACCAAUAAAGUUUUGAAAACUCUC